AUGUUCAACUUCACACCUCUUCUGGGCGCGCAGAGCUCCUCGCCCGCGUCGCAGUCACUAUUGGAGUUCGAUGGUGGCAUACAGAUCCUCAUAGAUGUCGGGUGGGAUGAGCAGUUCAACGUAGAGAAACUAAAGGAGAUUGAGAGACAUGUCCCCACCAUCUCCUUCAUCCUGCUCACCCACGCAACAACUGCGCAUCUCGGCGCCUACGUCCACUGCUGCAAGAACUUUCCUUUAUUCACGCGAAUACCCGUAUACGCUACAAACCCCGUCAUAUCGCUCGGCCGAACGCUCCUACAGGACCUCUACGAAUCCACGCCUCUUGCAUCUUCGAUAAUACCAACUGAAGCUCUCAAUGAGUCUGCAUACUCAUUCUCUUCAGCUCUCAAAGGUGGGAAUAACCCAAACAUUCUUCUGCAGGCGCCGACAUCGCAAGAGAUCGCCGACUACUUCGCCCGUAUAAACCCUCUGCGGUACUCACAACCACACGAGCCUAUUCCAUCGCCACACUCGCCUCCUCUCAACGGCCUUACCAUUACUGCAUACAGUGCUGGACAUACAUUGGGGGGCUCAAUAUGGCAUAUACAACAUGGCAUGGAGUCGGUCGUCUACGCCGUCGACUGGAACCAAGCUAGAGAGCAUGUCCUUUCUGGUGCUGCUUGGCUUGGAGGUCCUGGUACCGGUGGCUCGGAGGUUCUGGAACAGUUGCGCCACCCAACUGCCUUGAUCUGCAGUACUAAAAACACAGGUAUGGUCAAGAAAGCUAGGUCGCCCAACGAGCGAGACGAGGCUCUUCUUGAGAUGAUACGAAAUACGAUCAGCAAUGGAGGAACUGUUUUGAUUCCUUCGGACUCAAGUGCCCGUAUCUUGGAAUUGGCAUACCUUCUCGAAGAUACUUGGGAGCGCGAAGUAACUGAAGGGGAUGGUAGCGGUCCACUGAGUACCACAAAACUUUACCUUGCUAGUCGGACAGGAGGAGCGACAAUGCGAUAUGUACGAAGUAUGUUGGAGUGGAUGGAGGAGGGCAUCGUGAAAGAGUUCGAGGCCAGUGCAGCCGACCAGGACCGACGAACCAAAGAAGGGCAAGAGGAGGAGCGAGUAGCCAAGGUCCCGUUCGAUUUCCGACACAUAACACUUCUGGAGCGCAAGACACGAGUAGCUCGUAUGCUUGCGGGUGCUGGACCGCGUGUGAUCCUUGCAAGCGACGCAACACUUGAGUGGGGUUUCUCAAAGGAUGCUAUCCGAAGCUUAGCAUCUGACGAGAAGAACCUGGUUAUCCUUACAGAGCGAUCAGGCGAACUGGGCUCUCAGAAGAAGGGACUUGGCAGGUAUCUUUGGGAUCUAUGGAAUCAGCGCAAUGCAUCGCCGGGAGAAGACGCGCCUUCUACUACCGUGAUUGAUGCGUCUGGCAACCAGGCUCCGUUAGACACGGUACGAACUGUCGCCCUUCAAGGUGAUGAGGUCCCACUCUACCAGCAAUUUCUCGCAAGUCAGAGGCAACGGCAGACUACCAUGGGCGGUGACAAUGCAGCAAUGCUUGAAACCUCUGCGGAUGUUGUUGACGACCGGUCGUCUACCGAAUCAGAGAGUUCGGAGGGUUCAGGGGACGGAUAUCGAGGCAAAGCUUUGAACGCAACUGUUGCCCUCCAACAUGCCCGCAAUAAGCUUGGUAUGACGGAUGCAGAGCUGGGCGUCAAUGUGCUCAUUCGCCGCAAAAAUGUUUACGACUACGAAGUACAGGGGAAGAAGGGCAAGGAGAGGAUGUUCCCAUUCCAGGCGAAGAAGCGCCGUACAGAUGACUUUGGUGAUCUUAUUCGCCCAGAAGACUUUGCGCGCGCUGAGGAACGGGACAAUGCAGCAGGUGAGGCUCUUCGUGGUGAUGGCACUAAGAAGGAGAAUGCCGUCGGUCUCAAGAGAAGAUGGGACGACCUCGUCAACACUGCCGACAACACCAAGGCGACUGCCAACCAAAAAAGGCGAAAAGACCACGAAGGGGGAGAAGGCGAGGAGAGUGAGUCAGACAGCGAACCGGAAGACGGCCCAGACAAGGUCGAAGGCCCAGCCAAAGUCAUCAUCGAAUCUUCAACCCUGGAAAUCCGGUGCCGAAUCGCUUUUGUCGACUUCUCCGGCCUCCACGACCGCCGCACCAUUCAAUCACUAAUCCCACUCAUCCGUCCACGCAAGCUCAUCUUCAUCGGCGGCGAAGCCAGCGAAACACUCGAGCUGGCAGAAAUCAGCCGUCUAGCACUCAACGCAAACAACGACUCGGCCAACGCCAUCGACAUCUUCACACCCACCAUCGGCACCCUUGUAGACGCCAGCGUCGACACAAACGCCUGGACCGUCAAGCUCAGCCGCAACAUGGUCCGCAACCUCCGCUGGCAAAACGUCCGUGGCAUGGGCGUUGUAGCCAUCACCGGCCGUCUUGCAGCCGCAAGACUAGAACCCCACUCCUCCUCCACCACCACGGAAGAGGCUGACACGCCCGCGAAAAAGAAGGCUAGACUAGACGCUCCGGCCAUACCCGUCUCCAGCGAUAAAAACGACAACACCCCUGUUUUGGAUGUCGUGCCUACUAAUAUGGCUACGGCGGUACGAUCAGUGGCUCAGCCGUUUCACGUUGGUGAUCUCAGGCUUGCAGAUUUGAGACGCCUGAUGACGGCGAAUGGAAUGCAAGCGGAGUAUCGGGGUGAUGGUAUUCUAGUUAUCAAUGGCAGUGUUGCCGUACGCAAGACAGCGACGGGCCAGAUUGAGAUUGAUGGUGGGGCGUAUGGAAACUUGGAUCCGAGGAAUAAUGAUGCUGCUACUUUUUUGAGGGUCAGGAGACAGAUUUAUGAGGGCUUGGCUGUGGUGGCUGGGGGUUAG